GUCAUUUCGUUGUCAGUUGUGUAUUUUGGAUACAAAAUAAUUUGAGGUUGUUUUUUCUUUAUUUAUUUAUAUAAAAGUACUUUAUCUAUACAAAAUAUGUCUUCAAACCCGAUAUGGUUAAAAGUUUUCACAAUAUACGUGCCCUAAUUGUUUAACUUUGGAGAAACUUCAAGUCAUUUACCUACAAUGGACAACGUAACAGAAAAAUUGUUUCAGUGUUUUGGUCAUCGAAAGUUCAAAAGUGAACUUCAGGAACGUGCAAUCAGAGCAAUUGCAAGAGGAGUACAUGAUGUAUAUGUUUCAAUGCCUACAGGCUCUGGAAAGUCUCUGUGCUUCCAGUUGCCUGCAAUGUUGCAGGACAAUAAAGUGGCGAUUGUAUUCUCCCCACUGUUGGCUCUUAUCAAAGAUCAAAUUGAUCACCUCUCUAAAAUAAAAAUUAAUGCUGAAUCUAUCAACUCUAAAAUGACAUCAAAAGAUAGAGAGAGAGUUCUUAAUGAUUUAAGAAGUAUGAAACCAAACACUAGAUUUUUGUAUGUAACACCUGAACAGGCUGCUACAGGUACAUUUAAAUCUCUCAUGGAGCAUCUUGUGAAAUAUAAAAAGCUGUCAUAUGUUGUUGUUGAUGAAGCUCAUUGUGUCAGUGAAUGGGGUCAUGACUUUAGACCUGAUUAUUUAAAGUUAGGUAAUCUUCGAGAACAAUAUAAAAGUGUACCAUGGGUUGCCCUUACAGCUACUGCAAGUGCUGAAGUGGCAAAGGAUAUAUUAUCUAAUCUCAAGCUGUUAUUACCUGUGGCACAAUAUAAAACACCGAGUUUCAGAAGAAAUUUAUUCUAUGAUGUGAUUUAUCAAAACUGUAUAGAUGAUGAAGUGGGCCACCUAACAGAAUUUUUGAAAAAAAGUUUGAAAGAAGACGAAAAUGUCAAACCUAAAGAUAAAAAUGCUGCAAUAGUUUAUUGUCGAACUCGAGAACAAACUGAAGAUUUAGCCAAUAUGUUGAGUAAAAGAGGUUUAAUGUGUUUAGCUUAUCAUGGAGGUAUGAAAUCGUCAGAACGUAUAUCAGUUCAAGAAAAAUGGUCACAAGGCGAAGUACCUUGUGUGUGUGCAACGGUGUCAUUCGGCAUGGGAGUGGAUAAAGCGAGCGUGCGCGCCGUGGCCCACUGGGGUAUCGCCCAAAAUGUCGCCGCGUAUUAUCAAGAAUCUGGUAGAGCUGGUCGAGACGGCAAGCCAGCUUUUUGCCGUAUUUACUACUGCCGCAGUGAACGCAAUGCUGUUGAUUUCUUACUUAAAAGUGAAGUAGGACGCUCUAAAACACCUGAGCAAAAAAAUAGAUGUAAGGUCGCCUACAAGAGCUUUGAAAUUAUGGUGAAAUAUUGCGAAGAUAUCAAGUGUCGUCAUAAAGUUUUUGCUGAGUAUUUCGGUGAGGAGAUUCCGAAGUGUGGCGGGCGGUGUGACGUCUGCAGCGACGAGCGCAGCGUGCGGCGCGCUCUGGACCAGCACCAGCGCCGCGCCUCCUCUGCACAACUACGCUCCGGCGGACUCGUUGUUAACCAGGACGUUUCAGACCUCUACGGGGAGGGCCGAAUAGGACAGAAAAAGGAAGUUGAGUCAUAUUACGGAGGAGACAGUGGCGAUUCCGAUGGUGAAAGUAACCGUCGUAGAAUUGCGCAAGAAACGAAAUCUCUCAUAAUGCAAGAAUUUGCCAAUAGAAAAAAGCGAACUGAAGAUAAAAAAUCUAGUGAUGAUGCCGAAUCUGCCAAACAUUCGAAAUGCAAAGCUGCUGCAAGUACACCCAAUAAAGACAUUGAUCAUUUUGAUAAGCCCCUUUCCAAAAACGACAUAGAGCAGUGCGCCGUAGAACUGGAGUACGAAGCAUUCUCGUGUAGCACAGUCAUAAGUUUGUACAGGCGAGCGAUGUCCAAGUUGAUAUCUUCUGUAAAAGCAUGUAAAGACCAUAUCUAUCCACAGUUAAAAGAGUUUGAACCGAAAAAAAAUAACACACUAAAGGAAUUUGUUAAAGAAUAUGAGCAACAGAGAGCCAAGAACGGUUUUAUUACUGCAUCACAAUUAGAUCUGGACAAUAAAAAAGAAACUCAGUUAUCUAAAUCCGAUAAAGAGACAAAAAGAAAAGCAAACUCUUUUAAAAAGGACCUCAUGACACAGACAAAAUUAAAAAGCUUUUUUGUUAAAUCAUCAAAGCCAUCUUCUAAUAAUAGUCCUAAUGAAAGUGAUGAUGAGGCGAAGGGUCUCGUUAUUGAUGAAUAUGGAGACAGAAGAAACAGUGAAAUCAACGAAUCUAACAUAAACAAUAAUGAUACUACACUUAAGUUAAAAGAAAUCAAUGAUGAAGUUGUACACACUGAUGACAAUCAAACAAUAGGUAACCAAGUAGAACAAGUAGACGUUGACAAAAACUCAUCCGAUCAUGAAUCUGAUACAUUCGUGAUUAAUAUUACAUUAAAAGGUAUACCAAAAACAAAUAAAGAAAAUGGUAAAGAGAAUGAAAAGAACGAACAAGAUAUUACUAAAAAAUAUGAAAAAGUAAAAAAUGAACCUAAAGUGCCAAUUAAAGCUAAUCAUAAGUUAAACAAAGGUAAAUCUCCAUCAAAAAGAAAAAUUAAAGCAUUGUUUGGGGAAUCUUCCGAUAGCGAUAGUGAAACCAAACCAUCUAAAAAAAUUAAGACAAGACAUGGUAAAAGUGAUCAUAUAAAAAAACAGUCUACGAAAAACAGUGUCAAGGAAUCAAACAAUCAAGUUUUAAGAACAAAUGAGACUUCUGUGCAACCUACGUCCUUAUUUGGUCAAUCAGAUGAUGAAUCUGAAAAAGAAUUAGUGAUCGACGAUGGCACUGAUUAUAACAUUAACAAAAGUGCAGAAGAAACUUUGAUACUUAGCAAUGUUAAAGAUGACAACGAUGAGACGAGAAGCAAUCAUGAAUCGGCUAAUGAUGAAAACAAAUCCAACAGUUCUGGAGGGUCGCUUCAAGUCGAUAGUGAAGAUAUGAACUUAAAUAAAGCUCGUAAACUAAGUCUAGAAGCAGACGCAAUAAUGCAAAAACUAUUGGAGUUCAAAGAUCUGCCACCUGAACCUGAACACCCUGAAAAUAACUCAAAUGUUGAGAAAGACCAAUUAGAAGAAAAAUUACUAUUGUCUUCUGCACCACCUAAAAGUAAGGGAAAGUAUGAAUCUAAACACAAACUUAGCUUAAGUAAAAAAAUUAAAAUUGAUCGAAAGACGAAGGACAGGACAAGAGAAAAACACAAAAACGAGAAAUCACACCAUAAAGAAAGCAAACACAAGAUCAAAAGUGAUGUGACUAAAGAUAACCAAACUACUACAAAAAAGGCUGAAAAAGUGGAUCUUGCCAAAGAAGCAGCUAUUGAUGUGUUGUUAAAGAAAGCUUUUGGGAAAGAGUUUAAAAUAGAAAACGAAGGUGACUUAGAAGUUAAGUUAAAUUUGAACAAUGUUGUAUAAUUUAAUAAUUUAUUAAGUUUGAAAUUCUUACAAUAACAUUGUUAUUCUUGUACACAUGCAUAAUUAAUUUAAAAUAAAUGCUCAUAUUGCGUGUUU